AGACAAUCAUUUUAAACUUCUACGAGUUUUGAAGUCUUCCAACUUGCACAAAAUGGGUGCAAAAUCAUCAAAAAAGGCGAAAAUCUCGCCACCAGCGGAUCGAUAUUAUACAAAAGUCGAUAUUGAAUCUGGUCCCGCCGUUGUUGCAAAGUCUCAAGAUUUCAUAUUGGAAGUGCCGGUCAUUCCAGAAACAUGCGAAGAAUCGAUUCCCGAUUCAAGAAUCUCUCGUGAUGUCUCCGAAGUCUCACGUGUGUCUUCUGGAAGUGAGGUGGAUGUUACCGGAAGUGGCGUUGACGAUGAACAUCUUGAUAUACAAUCCAGUGAUGAUAGUGUUGAGUCGAUAUUUGAUCCAUUGUUAUAUCUUGCCAAUCAGGGAAUUGAUGUAACUCAUUCCAAUAUAAGGGAACUUGUAUGCUCGGAAAACUAUCGAGAAUUUUUGAAACAGCGUAAAACCAUGCUUACACCAAAGGAACUUUUCGAACUCGAACAUGGAAGAAUUCCUGGGAAUUAUGGUAAAUCAAAACCAAAAGAAGAGAUUUUGAAGGAAAUUGAUGAACUUGAAUGUAAAGCUGAUGAUUUAUUAACUGAUUUGAGUGAUGAUGAAAAUGGAUGGCCAAAGUAUGAUAUGAAUGCUCUUCUUGAAAAAUAUGAAAAUCACAAAGACUCGGAGCCCAAUUUAUUGAUUCCAACAAAGGAGGAUUAUGAAAGAGAUAAAAAAACCUGCUGUCAGCAAGUUCUGAAUAGCUACGAGUUUGACAUGGUAGAGUCUUCAAUCAAUGGUCAUGGGUUGGAAUUCGAAUGUCUGGGCCCUGACGCAACUCGAACACAAGAUUUUUGGACUCAGUGCCAUAAAGAUCGCAUCAGCUUGAUUACAAUGUUUGGAAAGUUUUUGGAGAAACGAGGGGCCAACUGUAAGCAAUAUAUUCCUGACGAUAAACAAGAGAUUCUCAAAUGUGGACAGAUAAUUGUACGACGAUUGACAGAUCCAGAAUAUCCAUAUCGACAUUGCAAAAUUCAAAAGUUUGCAGUAAGAUGCAAACUAGUACCAGAAAAUUAUGGUUGGUAUGUUGUUUGGCACUGUCAACGAGAUAUUCAAGAAUAUCCAUCAAAAGAUUAUACAAAAGAAGAUGAAGAGUUUGAGAAUCUUCGAAAAGAUCUUUUGAAUGAUAUGCCAACUCAACACUGGCUUUUUCAUGGUCCAAUGCAGUUCAGUCCUCUCCGGGAUAGACUUGUGGAGCGUAAUUCAUAUCUCAUUGAAAAGAAAGGAUCCAGUGUUCCAGAUUUCGUGACACAACCUAUUCAGGCGGCCAACGCUAGAAAGGCUCUCUACGAAAAAUCUUGCUAUUUGGGUUUCCUGACCUCUUCAUCAUCUCAGAUCUCACUGUCUGGAUGCCAAUCAAGACAAAUUGGCGGAGCUGACGAAGUUGAAAAUCUCGUUAAACUGGAAACCGAGGAAUUUGAUCUACAGAAAUCGCUCGGCUCAUAUCCAAUUCAAUCUCAAAACCGUCUGAAUAAUGUCAUUCAAAUUUAUGCCAACAGUCCAGAUCCAGAACAGACACAAGACUUUUGGCAAAUGAUUCUACAUAAAGGAAUUCCAACAAUUCACACUAUAUCUGAUUUAGACCCGGAAGAAACUGCAAACUGUGCUUCCUAUUUUCCCUACGGCAGUGAAAGUGAGAAAUCAUGCGGAAUUUAUACUGUUAAACGACUCGGAAUUGAGACUCAAUUAUCGAUGAACCUGAAGAAACAGCAACUUCUGAUUUUCAAGAUGGGAGAGUCUGAGUAUCAAAAUGUUGUUAAUGUAACUCAUUUCCACGAAAUCGUCAAGAAUCAGGUUACUGAUUCGAAAGUUAGAAACAUCGAAAUAAUCAAUGAGCAUGUAUCACGUCAGUCAAAUCCUCAACUUCUGAUUCAUGGUCCCUAAGAAAACAACGCAAAGAGUUAAUAUUGAAUACGGUAUUCUAGAUUUUUAUGGAAUUUUAAUAAAGUGAUAUGGCUUUA